AUGGAAGGAGAUCUCACAAAAACACCUUACAACAGUAUCUACGCGACACUGGUGAGUGCUUCAGAACGCCUUCUUCUUCUUAAUGACAGAAUUCAGAAGAACAAGAAACCCGAAGGUGACGUGAUGUGUUGCGUGCACGGAAGCCAAUGCACUUACGGUCGUUCGAAGCCCGGAGUGAAGCCGGACAACAACCAAUACGUGAACUUGGCCUCUCCGAAAAUGGAAGCUUCGCAACUGGCGGAGAAGUUGAGCAAGCUGACCACCGAGGACGGCGGAGCAUCCUCGAAGCCGGAGCUGAUAAGCCUGAACAGUCUGAUGGCGAACAACGGCGGCGAUCAGCGCAAGUCGAAAAGCGGUCGCGACAAGAGAAAGAAGAAGACGCCGGCAAUCGUGGACGACAAUCAGUCGUACGUGAUGCUCGGCCCUUCGACCGACGAGUCUUCCGCCCAUCGGGCUCCCAUUCCUCCGCCGCCGCCAACCGAGGUCAUCAGUAAACAGAAAAGUUUCAAGUAGGUCCCCUCGGCUCCCUUCCCACCUUCCUGGUCCCUUACAGACUGGGCCAGGUCGCUUCCGCCUACAUCGGAGUCUCCACUCUCACCGAUGCGGAGAACCGUCUCACUCGUCGCGGAGAGUUCGCUCUCUACCAUCUGUUCAACUCGAACAGCCGUCUCGACACUCUCUCAGACGACCUCGCCCUCAUGCUCGUCUACCGUACCACCACCAAAAAGAUCCGUCACUACUCGAUCCGCAUGACGGCCGACGAGCAGUUCUUCGUGGACUGCGGAUAUCCGAAUGUCCGCAAGCACUUCUCGCUCGACCAGCUCGUCAUGUACUACAAGGUAUUCUGGAGUUCCUCGAGUUCUCCAUCCGAAAGUAUUCCGUCCUUCAGACCUCGGCGACUUGCGAGAUCAAUCCGGACGACACUUCGGCCGAUUCGUUCUCCUGGUGGCUCGAAUGA